AUGCAGGAGGAGCAAUUCAAGGUUCACAAUCGCAGUAUCACGGAUAACAACUUUGGCGACCAUGUGAUCAUCAACCAAGGCGAUGUACAUCAUCAUCACGUUCCGGCGCCCCCUCAACCCUGGAAGCCGAUCCGGCUCAUCCCAUAUCUCCGGAACAAAGAGCUCGUGAAUCGACCGGAUCUUGUCGAUAAACUGAAUGGCCUCUUACCUCAAGAUUCCGAGUCCUUCAAUGACGCCGCCCUUUGGGGGUUGGGCGGCUCUGGAAAAACCCAGAUUGCACUCGAGUACGCCUACCGCCGGUGUGAAAACCCACAGUGUUCGGUGUUCUGGGUGCACGCAGAUACGAAAGCUGCAUUUACACACGACUACAAGAAUAUUGCAGAACUGUUUGGAUUGGAAGGAAUCCUCGACGGUCCUGAGUUGGAGCUGCUUAGAGCUGUUAACAACCGUAUCCAAUCCGAACCCCGGUGGCUGCUUGUUCUUGAUAAUGCUGACAAUCUCUCAUUAUUUGGCGUUGGGGAAGCUCAAGAGACAUCAGGUAACCUUUUCGAUUUCGUUCCAAAGGGAACCGCGGUAGGAUCCGUGGGAACUGUUCUAUGGACGAGCCGCGACGGACAGAUUGCUGGCUCACUGGUGCGCCCAUCGCACCGGGCAAUCAAAGUUUCGCAUAUGACCUCUAUUGAAGCGAGAGAGCUUCUUACCAUAUCACGAGGCAAAGAUUCUGACGACGACGCUGGUAAUGAUGACAAUGAUGAAGACAGAGACAUUGAUCAACUUCUUGAAGAGCUUCAGUGGCUUCCCCUCGCAAUCUCACAAGCCGGAGCUUACAUGAGAAGGGCUGAGACGACCGUUCGAGAAUAUUUGGCAAUGCUCUCCAACAACGAGGAAAGAUGGCCACUCCUUAAGGAGGAACAGUUUGACCUCCAUCGAAAGCGCGAUGUCCCUAAUAGUAUUCUCAAGACCUGGAGCAUCUCAGUUGCUCGCAUCGAGCAGGAGAAUAUGCUGGCUUCGGAGAUGCUUCGUGUCAUGGCAUACUUUGACAAUCGAGAUAUCCCUCAUGGUAUGAUCGACGACGCCGCUCGAUCCAUCAGCACGACUAAAUUGUCUAACAUGGAUGUAAAAAGAGCCAUCAUCCGACUCAAGGAGUUUUCCUUCAUCAGUCUUCGUAAAGGAGAAAAUGGCAGCCAGAGCUACGAGAUGCACAAACUUGUACAGGAAGCAACUCGGUACGCUGUUUCUACGAUUAAGCCGAUGGAACAGGGUGUCAACUCGAAAUGGGACACGACCUACUUUGCUAGAAUCGCCGUUCAGGUUGUUGACAAUUUAUUUCCGAAUCCAUCAGAAGAAAAGGAUGGAGAGGGGGACAAGUUUCUGGAUAUGCUGACACCCGGCGAAAAAUACUUUGCCCAUGCAAUUCAAGUUGCAGACUGGGUAGAGAUAUCUAAUCAAGAGAACACGGUGUGCGCCCUUCUCUGUCGAGUUUCAGCUUAUCUACGUUCUCGUCAGAGAUGGAAAGAAAAGGAGUCGGUGGAUGGUCGAAUCUUGGCCCUUCAUUUGCAUCUCUUCGGCCCCAAUCAUCUUGAUACGAUACUCUGCGAACAAUCCAUCGCGGAAAACUACGACAAACAACAUCGCUACCAAGAAGCUGCAGAAGUUGCGGUAAGAGUCUUUAAGAACCUCAGAACCUCUGUUGGGGAGGAAGACUUUUUCACUCUUCGGGCAUUGCACCACGUAGCCGAUAUUAUGUGCAAAGUCUUUCAGUUUGAGCAGGCUGAAAAGCUCCAGACACAUGCGAUAAAUCUUCUAGAGAAGGUUGCAGACGAGCGUGUCGCGGAGCUUAUGGCUGAGAGUUUGCACUGUCUUGCACGCGCAUACUACGGCCAAAAAAAGUUUGACAAGCGUCUCGUAGUCGCGAGUAUGCAAGUCAAGGUGGUGGAACACUAUUGGAGGACCCUUGGUGAGAACCACUACAAGACAAUCACAAAAAUGCAGUAUCUCGCCAAUCUACUUCACGACUUGGGUCGGUACAGCGAGGCCGAAACAUUACAAGUCAAGGUCGUUAAGUUCUUCCAAGAUGCAAUUGGAGAGGAGCAUCCUUACACGCUUGACAGUAUGAUAUUGCUCGCAGCGAUAUACUGGAGCCAGGAGCGCAGCGAUGAGUCGCAGGAUAUAAAAAAUAAAGUGCUGUCCCUCUAUUCAAAGAUUUUAGGUAGGCCGUUUUCGUUGAAUUUCAGCUCUUCUAAUAAUCUACCUACACUGUUCCACUCUGGUGGACAUGGCGAGUACGGGGCUAUGCAAACGAACGUCUUCGCGAGUUUAUCGAACCUGAGAUCUCUUUCUUCAAGCCCUCCAGCGGUCGCAGCCGCCAGCAUCGAUCGUCAGCAACUGGCUGGCCAGCCAGCAGCCGAGUCGACAACAACUAGUGAAUACAGGCUGUUUUUUGUAUUCUCUUUCCUUCUUCCUUUUACCGCCCUUAUUCUCUACUACUGGAUUAAUUUCUGA